AUGUACAAUGAUACUGGAAGAUUUGCCUAUACUGGUGCUGUUAUUCUUUUUGCAACUAAUCAGUUGUAUAUAUGGGGUGCUGAGGAUAUAAGUGAUCGUAGUCAAAAGACUCCUGACAUACUAAAUACAAUUCAUAAUUUUUUUGAGCAUGCUAAAAACCAAAAUCUUAAUGUAGUAGCCAUGGUUACAGAUAGUGCAUUAGCAUAUGCCUCCACACACAUACUUGACUAUUUUCAAUGUGAUGUGGCCAAUUUUUUUGAUAUUGCUUAUGCAUUCGGAUAUGUAGCACAACAGUAUGAAAAUGAUAUUAAUGGAUUUGAAUUUGCAGCAAUUGAUCAAAAAGAGAUUAGUAAAGUUGCACAAAAAUUGUACAGUAUUAAAGUUAAUUCCACACCAUAUGAGUGUCUGUUUUCCCGAAUGAAAUGGUUCCAAAAUCCAAGACGAAAUCAUCUUAAAAAAGAACACUUAGAUAAUGCUGAAAAAAUUUGCAAAACUGUUACUGCAAAUCGUAUUAUUGAUUCAAAUAAUAAAUUAACUACAACUUCUUAUGAUAUCACUAAUGUGCAAAAUUGUCAUCCGGCUGAACACAAAGGUUCAAAGAUUGAACUUCAAUACCUUUUUAAGCAUGCUUUAUCACAACCUUCAUUUGUUUGUACUCUUCAGCAAGACAUUGAGAAUAAUUUUGUAUUAUCUAACAAUUAG